UUAUUAUUAUUAUUAGUCCGACUGUAUUUUUUUUAUAUUAUUAUUGCAUUUACUUGUGUUGUGGUUGUGUCAGGGAAAGUUUCCGGAAGUGAUGUAAUCUUUACUGUUUUGUUGUAAUAUCACUUUGCUCUUGUAUGCAGGUGAGCGCACUUUUGCUACGUCACGGGAGGAAUUCCGCGUGUCGUCAUCCCCUGGGUCACGUGACAGAAGGAGGCGGCGACGAGCCCUGAGAAGCGAGUGAGCGGUGUGUGUGUGUGUUCUCUCUUUCUGGUUGUUUUUGUCCCGCAGGUGAGCUGUAACUCUUUGGGCUUGGUUUGGAUCAGAUGUGCUGAUCGGUUCGGCCCGUGUGCUUCAGUGGGCCCUGCUGCUGUUCACUCCACAGGGAGGAGUCUUACAGGAGACACUGGGGGCAUCUGGAGCGGAUUUCAGCGCGUCGGAGAGUCAACUGGGCACAAAUCAGCUCCAGGUCCAAAACAGCUGUGUGCUGACGGUACCAUGGUGUGUGAGGGGUUAGUGUGCGGUUCUGGGCCGAACUUUCCUGUGCUAUGCGGUGCUCUGAGGGCUGAGAGGAAAGUGAAAGCGAAGGGGGGGGGUGAUGAAGGAGCGCGGGGGCUUUUACUUUGGGCCCCGGGACUCGAAAUGGGAGCUCCGGCCUCCCUUCGUUUUCCUUUUCCAUAUCUGCGGAUAAAUCCAGCGAGCUGCAGCAUGAAGCCAAAAAGCUCCCCGAGCAGCCAGCGGGAACAUGAAGAGCGGACAGUCGGGGACGGCGCUUUACUUCCUGCUCUUUCUCAUCGUGCACGAGCGCUGCGACGCCUGCGACUGGAUGAUGAGCCAGUACAGCAUGAAGAGCCGCUCGAGUCUCUCACUGCUCAAGGACAUGGGUGGAGAGAUGACUUCAGUGAAAGGACCAUUUCCACGGCUGGUGUACAAUGAAGUCAUGAAGGCCAAGGCAGAAGAUCAGGUGAGGUUUCUGGCUGAGGCCACGGAGCAGAUCAUCGCUCUCUUCAGCCCUCUCACAGCUCAUGUAGAUGAAGUGAAAUGGGACGGCAGGGCACUGGAUAAUUUCCUGAACAUCCUCGAUACCCGACAGUUAAACGAGCUGAAACAAUGUACAGCAGCGUAUGCUGAAAGAUCAGGACGCUCGUGGAGUGAGAGGAAACUGAGAAGACACUUCAGGAAGUUGAAGGAAAUUCUGAAAAAAUCAAACUACAGCGCAAACUCUUUGGAGCGAAUCAGGAAUGUGGUGCAGCAGCACCUUGGAAUGAUGGACAUCAUCGCUGCCAACGUGAGGCACAAACUCUGAACAGGACCAACGGGGGGAAAAAGGAUUUUUUAUUAAAGAAGAAACAGAACAUUUAACCACAGGUGUUAUUACUGUCCAAAAACUGGACCAAAUAUGGGACGAGGAUUCCUGAGUCUCACUCAUGUUUAAAUAUUUCAGUGAUCAACUGAAAUGAUGUAGCUUUUUUUUUGUUUGUUUUAAAUUAGUUGUUAGCAUUUAUUUAUUUAUUUAUUUAUGAAUGUUUGUGUGUAUGUCUGUAUUUAUUUAUUUAAUGAUCUGAAUUUGAAAA